AUGACAAACAGCAUAAAUUUGCACAAUCAAAGAGCUUUUACAACGAAUAUUAACAUGAAAGAAUGGCCUGGACGCGUUGCCUUAGCUCCCGCGGCCACUUCAAAUAUCCAUACACCUCCAACGCCAAUCUAUCAGAAAGGCGAAAGCUUUGUAAAGCAUCCUAUGCAUAGAAAAGAAGCGCACCAUCUAAUACACAGAAAUUCUACACACAUACGUGCCCUGCAAGGGCGACGUUAUGUCAACGGAAAUGGUGAACGACAAUUAAGAGCGCUACUCUACGAGUUCCUGGCUAUAUCGACAACCGCUCGCUCCGCUACUGCCACAACUGCCGCUCUCGCAACUACAACCUUUGCAACGACCGGAUCACGACUCAUACCAUUUAGCCAUACAACAGGGCCGACCACAACAGCGGCAUUUGCUACAAAUACAACCGCGUUUACGGCAUCACCAACGACGAUAGCCGCUACUUUAGAAGCACUGCUCCACAGAGCUGCAACCGGUAAACAAUUUAUUGAAAUGAACUCCUUGAUUUUCAACGGCUCUCAUGGCCUCACCACCAUUCUUUUUGAUGCAGGCACUUCACCGCUGCUGGACAUGGGCGUUGUUUCAGCCCCUGCUAUCACCGCCACAGGAAUCCCCGCCUCUACCCAGUCCUCCAUGGACGCUUACCUUACUGCGAUGCCUUGGCCAAAGGCUCUCGCCCUCGCAAUUUUUGUGCUUCUAAUCCUGGUGACUGUGGUUGGAAACACACUCGUCAUACUGUCCGUACUGACCACACGCCGCCUGCGUACAGUCACCAACUGCUUCGUUAUGAACUUGGCCAUCACGGACUGGCUGGUGGGCACGUGUGUCAUGCCGCCAGCCGUUAUGCUGUACAUUGUAGGUAGCUGGCAUUAUGGUUGGAUUCUGUGCGACAUUUGGAUUUCACUGGACGUGCUGCUCUGUACUGGCUCUAUACUGAGUUUGUGUGCCAUUAGUCUGGACAGGUAA